AUGAAGAAAUCUAAUGCGACGCCGCCCGGCAUAUAUCACAAAACUACCUUGGAUGCAACAAGACUGGCUUCCACAACUAUCUCUCGCGCUGCUGUGAAGAGAACAUUUGACGAGUUGAAUGACUCCCCCUCAUUCCCUAAUCGCGCCCAUCGCCAAACUAAACUUUCCAAGCAAACUGACUUUCUCCGCCCAACUCUCAAAGAUGAUAGUCCGGGGACUUUAAAGGCAAGUGAAAUUGACAAUAUCACGGUUCCAGAUUAUUCCGAGUAUUCACAGAGAAGGCAUCUUGCUUUGACGCCAACCCCAACAAUAAACCCCUUGCUUGAUUUAGCACAUCCUGCAUAUCAACUACCGCGUCAAUUAACCGACAACUUUGCUGCCUUGGGGAUCAAAUCCAUAUACCCAUGGCAAUCAGAAUGUCUUUUGCGUAGUGGUGCACUUGCUGGAGGACGUAAUCUUGUCUACACUGCUCCGACAGGGGGUGGGAAGUCACUUGUUGCAGAUGUCCUCAUGCUCAAGAAGAUCAUACAAACCCCGGAGAAGAAAGCUUUCUUGGAGCAAGGUGUGCAAAUAGUUGGUAUGAGCGCAACUCUCGAUGUGCUACCUUUUGUCGAUGCUGUCGAUCCAAUUAUCAUGAAUAGACGACGCGAUCUUUUGAGUGAUCUAAGAAAUACGAGUAGUGGUCUGGAUCAAGUGCUGGAGAGAACAGUUCUCAUGGGUGUGGCGUUUCAUCGACGGGUAAUAUUACAUGGUGCUAGGAUGGGAUCUGAUUUGGUCGGACCUUCAAUGCUCCGUCAAAUGAGAGGUAGAGCUGGGCGUAAAGGGAAAGAUGAAAUUGGCGAAACAUAUCUUUGUUGCGAAAAAUCCGACCUCGAGUCCGUUACCGGGCUCAUGGAAGCCGAGAUUCCGUCAGUAGAGAGUUGUUUAGUGCCAGGAAAGCGCGGUAUGAAAAGGCAAUCAUUUUUAUACGAAGCUACACGCCUCGAACAGGCUGUUGUGGCUUCUUCUCUCGCCCCGGAAGAUGGCUUAUUCGUUUACAAGGAAUUACGGAAAUCUCUCAAGACAUUUGUACUAGACGGCGAAAUGCAUGCGCUUUACACUUUCACGCCUGUUCAAGUGGUGCAGGGCAACAUUAAUUGGCAAAUAUUCCGUAAGGAGGUUGAUAUGCUUGAUGAAAGCAACCUUAGAGUUCUUGGUUUCGUCGGUCUUAAGCCACUAUUGAUCAACAAAAUGGCACAUGGAGGGUCGAUGAAGGAGUCAACGCCUGAAGAAAUCGAAACCGUUCGGGUGUACAAGAGGUUCUACACAGCUUUGCAGCUUCGAGACUUGUGCAACGAGAUGCCGGUUCAUGUAGUUGCUCGCAAAUAUGACUUACCACGAGGAACCAUACAAAACUUGGCCCAGACAUGUCAUGGCUUCGCUGCAGGAAUGAUUAAGUUCUGUGAGAAAAUGGAUUGGGGAGCACUAGCUGCGGUGCUUGAUCACUUCUCUGAUCGACUCAAAGCUGGGGCCAAAUCUGAUCUGCUCGCCUUGGCUGACAUAACAUUCAUCAAAAGUCGGACGGCAAGGAUCUUCUGGGACAAUGGUUAUAAAACAGUUGGUGCGAUCGCGGGAGCAGAUUCCAAGGAAUGA